GUCAACAUCACAUAAAAACGAAAAAUUACCAAACAAAAGUUUUCCAUUCUUCUCAAUCUCAAGAAUAAAACACGAAAAUUAUGAAUUUUUCGCCGUGAAAAUCAAAAAACUAAUAAAGAACAUCCACAAAAAAUGGAUAAAUCAAAUGUUGUCAAUCAAUUUACCAACUAUGUGGACCAACUACGAACGCAGGAAUGCAGCCAAAAAGAGAAAAUCAAUUGCUUCCAACACAUUGCCGAGUGCAUCCUGGCACCGGCAAUGGUGUCUCACAUCAACUACGCCACUCACUGCAGCAAUGCAACGAGUGUCCUGUUGUUGUUCUGCGAGGACUUGGAUUCGGUUGUUCGGAUGAGCGCCGAGUCGAAUCUCAAUCGAAUAUUUCGAUCCCUGGAGAAGACUCGAGUUAAGCGCAUUUUGAUGGAUCUUUAUGGAGAAAUCAAAAAGAACGGGAAUCAAAGAUCACUUCGAAUUUGCUUGAAUCUGUUUGCCUACUAUUCACCGCACAUCAAGGAGAAGUACAUCUCCUCGUAUGCGCUGAGAUUGCUUCCGUGCUUGCAAACAAUUGCUCAACGCAAGGAGACUCAACUCUGCGAAACGUUGUGCGAAUUUAUCAAGAGUUUUGCCAAAAACAUGCAAAUGGGACUGAAUGAUAGCCAAACUUGUAAACUAAUUGAUGUUUUCAUCGCUAACUUUGGAUCAGAAUGCGCUGUAAAGCGUCGCUGCUCCUCGCAAAAUUGCAUCAGCUUAAUUGAGAACUCUCGCAACAGGAGCCUGAUGGCGAAACACGCCCUGAAUAAAGCUAUCGAUUCCCUUCUAAAUGCUGGAAAUGCCGAUGGAAAUGGCGCCCAACAAAACACAAAUAAUAUACUACUUGGAACUUUGGGAUUCCUAAGAAUUCUCUUACCCUUAAUUAUUCGGGCCGAAAGCAAUGGUUCCCAUCAUAUUUACCGCAGAAAAAGUACCACUGCUCCUACUUUGAACACAACUGCUGGCAGCUCGAGGACAAAUUCGAAAAAGAACAACAACAAUAGCGGUGGCGGUAGCAGUAAUAAUAAUAAUUAUGACAAAACCGAUGACAAUAAUUGUAGCAGCAGCAACAGCAGCAGCAAUGGAAGCAUCCAAGACGCCAAGCAAAUAGUUGAAAUCUACGAUUUUUGUUUGCACUUACUCAACACAAACCACACUUCGAGUCAUUCCAUAAUAAAUGCCUCUCUCGAGGUUAUCAAUUCAAUUGUGCAGUCCUUUGACGGGACAGGCACAUCCGCCGCUGGAAAAACACUUGAGCACCUCCUAUGCAAUCACCAGCUGCAGCACAAUGAAUACCUAAGAAAGAGGAAAUCAUUAAAAAAUCAAAUAUUCCAAUUGAAAAAUUUCCAAAUGACGUGCAAUGUGAGUGGUGCUGGAGUUCUGGGUACUACCGUUGCUGGUUGUGUUGAAGGGGUGUCCGAGGUGGUAUCGGCGGCGGCAGUGGCAGCGGCAGCGUCAACAGUUGCAUCACCAUUCAAGUCAUACUCGUCGUCGUCGAGAGCGCAGCCGGGUGCAGUGAAGAAAGAAAGAUGUUGGAUGCCUGAUGGUGUUCGCCAUGAGGUUUCAGGCCCUGCCGCCGCCAACGUCGCUGCCGUUUCUAUCGCCACCGCCAAUAGCAGUCAAAGUUUGCUUGGUGCUGGUGACGGUGACGGUGAUGAAGAUGCAUCCGAAUUGAAUAAACAUGGAUCGUUGAAGACGACUAGGAUGACGACGUCAACUGUGCCAGAGACAGCCGCACCACUUCUGGCUGCGAGAACGUCGUCGUCCUCCUCCUCGUUGUCGUUGAAAGUAAAAUCAACGGAGGAAGAAUCUAUUAGGGAUGCAUUCAAAUUAGGAAUGGAAAAAAUGUCGUCGUCGUCGUCCCUAGAAACACCCUCACCUUCGCAUCCAACGCCGCCUCCACGAAGACAUCACCAACAGCAUCAGAAGCAGCAGGAUAUACAUCGGCCCAGUAGUGGCUCGAUUUCUGAUGCGAAAUACGAUGACAAGAUGCACCGGCGACAGCAGCGGCAACAGCGGCAGCAUGGGGACGAGAAUGCCAAAGUAAAUAUUAAGAAGAACAGUAGUAACUCGGGAAUAUCAGUUGACGAGGUAGCUGCAUGCACCGUCAAUCAAACAACCACUCCAGCUAACGAUGAGUUACAACUUAAGAAUCAUAAGGACGAUCAACAUCAUCACCGUAAUAUUGAUGACGACGAUAAUGAUGAUAAUAAUGAUGAUGAUGAUGUUGAUGAUGACGAUGACGACGAUGACGGUUUUACUACCCUGUUGGAAGUAAAUGAACCGCUUCAAGAAGAUCCCCAUUUAUUGUUGUCAUCGUCGUCGAUUGGGAUUGGUAUGGCUGAAGCUGAAGCCGAACCCUCGUCAAAAUCGGGGGUAAAUCCAAAUCCAAAUCUACUUGCAGCACCAUCAGUGACGGUAAAUGUCGACCUGCUGAUUGAAGACGAUGGCGAAGGUGAUGCGGAAGAAGGGUGCGGUGUUGGCGGGUCGAGCGAUGACAAAUCACAGUUCUUGAGUGACAUCGACAAUGAAUCAUUCAACAGCAUUGAUUUCGAAUCUGAAAUCACAAUUGGUGGUGGCAGUGGUGGCGGUGGUGGUGCUGGUGGUAGUGGCAGCGGUGAGCACGACAAUAAUAAUUCCGACAACAAAGAUUCAGAAUCGACGACAACGUCGAGGGUAAUUCCGCCCUUAACUGGAGGAGCAUCAUCCUUGCCGAGGAGAACGACUACGAAUACGAAUACAACUAUGACAUCGAUGAGUGUCAACAGUGGAAACGACAGCGGUGGUGGUGGCGUCAAGUCGAGUGAUACAAUUGGUUCUUUCUUUAACAAUUUACUCUCGCAUUCAAGUGCAGAAUCCAUGACAAAACUAUUUCGCUCAACCCCCAAGCCGACAACAUUACCAACUCUAGCAGAUACCUCACAAGUUCCGGCCGCAAUAAAUUCUCAACAGCAAAAAUUGCAACAGCAGCAGCAACAACAGCAACAACAACAACAAGAUGCAGACAAUCUCUCGUUAGAAUCCAUAAACAGCCAUAUAUCUCUGAGCAGUCACGUAUCACUUCCGACCAAUAGCUCGAGCUCGAGAAAUGAGCAAGAUUUAGUAAUGGUAUUACCACAUCAAAGUGCUGGUGGUAACCCCUCUGCCAUUGCUUCAACUUCCACUACCACCACCACAAGUACUGGGGUCAAUGAUGAUGCAUUAUCUAGUGCGUCAGCAACGGCAUCAACAGCUCUUCUAAUGGACAACACGAACACUCGCAAUAGUACAGAUGACGAGGAGGAGCAGUCCUCCUCUGUCACAAAGUCACAACUGGUAAAUGACGAUGACGACGACGAGCUUGACGGCUGCUGUGGUGCAGAUGGAGAUGCAGAUGCAGAUGCAGAACUUCAACUACCCUCAAUGGAACUUAACAUCGGAACGAUUUAUGAACAAGCCAUCAUCUAUUAUACGACACGUUCCAUUGCGCUGAAGUUUUUAUUGACUGGCCAGCGAGGUUAUCUACAAUCGGAUACCUUCGUGCGAGUCUCCAUAAAGCAUCUUUCAUUGAAUGUUAUCGCUAAUUGUGCUCGUCUCAUGCCAGAGGUGAUGCAAAUUCCUUUGGAAAUAAGUUCUGCCGAGAUAAGGCGCACCCAACUGGCUCUGCAGAUUCCCGAGGAAGAUGAACAGGAGCAACUGGCGAUGGCCAUGACGAUGUCUAUGGCGUCCGGCCACCACAGCUCAAACCAUAGUAGUAGCGACACCAGCAGCAGUUCAAAUGUUGGCAAGGACUUUGACCACCUCACGGAUGAGUGCAGGCUUGUAGGCGAAUUUACACCAUUGGGUGAGCUGAGUGCUGGGGGUUUGAUGCCUCUGGAAAUUAAGGACGACCACUUUGGUGAGAGCACCACAAAUGAUUUCCUCAAUCAACCGCUGAGUAAAAGUGCCGACCCAUUGUUGUUAUUCGCUGAAUUAGGUGGACCAACACCAACAUCAUCAUCGUCGCAACAGAAAUCCCCAAAACCGAAACGUAAUCACAAACGAUCGGAACAAAUUCUCUCAAAAUCGGAAAUAAUUGAAUCUAAAACAAGUCGCAACAGCGUUAAGGGUCGAGUAGCAGUGGUGUCGACGGCGGCGGCAGUGGCGGUGGAUGCAGCUCAACCAAUAACAUCGCAAUUAAGAGACACAUCGAUUGGAAAAUCCGCUGCGGAAAAAUUCAAUUUGGUCAACAAGCAGUCGCCCACUGACUAUUUCUCUAUGAGCACUGGCGGUGGCGGUGGAAGUGGUAAAUCCAUCUAUGACAUCCAACUCCAGCAAGCCCAUCGGAAGCUGCAAGAGGGACAUCAGCAUUACCAUCACCAUCACUAUCACCAUCAGCAACAACAGCAACAGCAGAUCCUUUCCGAUGUGUUGCUCUUUUACAAUCAUUCGGAUCCAAUUUUGCGUGGCGAUGUGCAAAUAAUUAUUGGCAAUUUCAUGCAGUCCACACUUGGCUUGUACCACAAUUGCAAUGAGCUGUUCGAUAUUGAUUCCGAUUCCGGGUACAAUGUCAAUGAAAACAACGACGACCGUCACGGUGGCGGUAUCGGUGUUCGAGCGGGUGCUGGCGCUGGUUCCGAUAAUACUGAUGGUGACGGUAAAGUUGGUGGUAAUUUGGGACCAAAUUGUCCCCAUCACUCACCGUUGCAUAUCAAUAGGCUGUUGGCAAUUUUAAUCAAGGGCUUACAGGACGACAUUCACACAGUGGUCAUACAUGCCCUGAAUGCGGUUGAUAAAAUAUUUCCUUUGCUGAUGUCCAAAUAUUUGACUGCGUCCUUCAUCCAAAAAGAGACAGCAGCCUUUAGUAGCAACAAAAGCAAGAGCAAGGGCUACAGUAAAAGUCACCAACAUAAACCGGAUGAAACUAAUGACAUUGGAGUGAGUAAUGGCAGUGGCCAGAAUCUGAAUCAGGAGCACCACCAGAAUCAAAAUCAGAGUCAGAGUCACAACCAGGAGCAAAAGCAGGAGCAGGACCAAAACCAGGACCACUCAUUGUAUGCUGAUGAUGAUACACUUAUUGAGAAUCUAUUGAAAUGUUUUGAAGUCCACCACCGCCACCACCACAACCCAAGUAAUGGAAUAUCGGUAGUUGCAAUUGACGAAAAAGUCAAUUGUGCUAUUGCAAGUAGUCCUAUUCGUCCAGGCUCUGCAUCAUCGGCUGUCCACGUCGUCGUCCAGGACCAAAACCAAAACCAGGACCUAGACCACGAGCUCAACUACGACCACAAUCAACGAAACCAUCAACCACGACAACAAGGACGACAAGUAGAAGCUGGAGAUUUUUUCAUCAUAUCCCCGAAAUUGCUAUUGAGCAAACUUCGCCUGUGCUAUCACAAUAAAUAUUGGUUGGUCCUGAAUAAAUACGCUGAAGUUAUAUCGAAUCUGGACUAUGAUGCAAUUCGAGAAUAUUACGGAAAUGAUAUUGCUAGUACUUAUGAGAAUACAUUUCUGGACGAACUGAUGCAACUUGUUGGCGACGAUGAUUCUCGCGUCAGGGAGCAUACCGCUGAUUGCUUGUGCCGUUUUAUUAUUCAAAUAUCAGGCUACUACAGUCGCCGUCGACUUGAACAGGAGCACUUCCGACAAACGCAGAUGGCUGAAAGGACUUUAUAUAGCACAGCUACAGCAUCGAAAUCAACACCCCAAAGACUUCGUGUUACGUCUUCGAAAGAGCUCUAUCGUACCAAUUUCAAUUUGUUGUGGGACUUCUACGACUAUCGCUUCUUCCAGGGCAUGUCGAUUCCAAUCCGUGAUUUACUCACCGAGCACAGUCAGUCGGAGCGAUUGGCAAAUGGCGAAGUUUUGGCCAAAGUUUUGUACCGACUCACAAACAAACUGAUGGAGUUGAAUGAUAGAAACUUGCAGUGUGGCAUUAUUUAUGCACUGAAAGUCCUGUUGAAAGCAUUCAACUUUUUCGAUUUCCGUGAGAUUUGGACGGAGUUCAACUUUGUGGAGAUUUGCUUGAAGUUCGCUUAUCAUAACUACGCGACAGCGUUGGAUCUAAAUUGCCAGAAUGACCUAAUGGAAGUCACAACAACAUUGAUUGCAGGCAAUGUUUUAACAACAAAUGUCAUCAGCCACAUUAGUUGCAUCGAUAAUAUAUUGACACAUGCGAUGAAAAUAAUUAAUAUAUACUAUCACCUGUUUACCAAUCAGAAACCACUGUUUUUUGCCAAAGUCCAGCGAAAUGAUUUAUUUUCGAAUGCCAAAGAAUUGGCAAUUGUUAGUAGUGUGGGAUAUUUUGGAAACGAUUAUGUUUACAUUAAGUUGUAUAAUAUUUUGAAAGCUGCUAAUGAUAGUUAUAAGAUGACCAUAAAUCAAAUCUCUGGUGCAAAACUAAUUUCCCUCCUCCGGACCUGCAUCAAUACACUUAGUACUUGCAUUGAGCUGCGAGUGAACUGCGGCGACCCCUCUCCCUCCGGCAAUCCAAUCAAAUUAAUCGAGGAAAUUAUACAGUAUUUGACUAAGCUAAUCAAUUAUGCACCAACCGAGAGCAUUGAAAGCUUAAGGCAGCUAUUAAAAUUCUUAUUCGGACGAAAUUAUGGUAGUCGAUGCUCCGACUACCAGAUCCACAUAAAUCCAUACUUGGAAGCCAAAUCUAUUGCAACUGGGAUGAAUAUGAUGGGGACAUCGGCAGAAGCAGCUAUAGCGUCAUCGGCGGCAGCGGCGGCGGCGGCGGUAGGUGGUUCUCCAAAUAGGAGUCCAUCGCAUUUCAUUUCAACCUCAACUCUUGACAAAAGCUUAAUUGGUACGGGCUGUGGUGGUGUUGUUGCUGGAACUGGUGGUAUAUUGGGCGCCACUGAAAACCAUAACCAAAUACAAGCCACCACCAUGAGCUCGACCGUAGUUUUUGGUCAAUUGUUCGCCACUGGAUUAGAGCUUCCAUUGUGGAGGAACGACACAGAGAACGAUUGUGCUAAGCAUAUUAAACUAUUCGAGCCAUUGGUCAUAUACUGUUUGACGCUUUUUAUGAGAUCAAACUCGAAAGUGCAGGCUUCCAUUCUUGAAUUGCUCUCACAAUUGUUGGAUUUAAACGUUACCUAUAGCGUUUUGGACUCGAAGUUUGUGAUAUACGAUGAAAUAAUGAAGAGCUUGGAGUUGAUUGAAAGCGGAGUUGCAAGAAAUGGCAGCACCAUAAUUCCACCGGUCCUAAAGUUCCUCGUCCAAUUAACAUAUAAAAGCGAUCGAAAGAUAAUAACGAUACCGAAAAUCAUAAGCAUCGCCAACAAUUUACUGGCCAAUAAUUCAAUACGAGAAUGCAGUGUCCUUGCGCUGAAAGGAUUAGCCUUUGAGAUAUUCCUGAUGCCUGUUCCUCCGUCGACGUUGCCGUUGUCAGGCUCGAUAGACGCUCGCCCCCAUCGGCCGGCUCCGCCUCCACCAGUGCCUCCUCGGACUACAAGCGUUUCGGCGAAUGCAUCGCCGUUAAGAUUUGCAACAAGCAGUAACAGCAAGAGCAGCAGCCGACGCAGCAGCAUCAGCAGUGUCAGUGCUUUGGACGCCAAAGAAUUGGACACACAAAAGGAGGUGGUUCUGGGAAUGCUCGAGAAAUUUAUUGAUUCCCAAGAAUGCCAGAGGAUGUUAGCGAUUUUAUUACUUCACGACCGGAGCUGGAAUUCAUUCGUCGAUCUUCAACAACAACAACAACUGCAGCAGCAUUCAAUGGUUACAUCGUCGCAGUCGUCGGCGUCGCCAAAACCAAUGACACCAAUGCCGAUACUGUUACCAUCUCCGUCGUCGUCGCCAGCAUUGUCGAUGCAGGAAGGAGCAAUAUAUUCAAUUGUAACGAAAGGACUCUGCGAUGGCAAAAUCAAAGUGCACGACUGGCAGGGAUUCUUUGUGCUGGAGUCUUUGUUCCAGAACAGUGGUAAAAAUAUCCUUUUAGACAGCAAAGAGUUCUCAUCGAUGCUUGCAUUGUUCAUCACAAAGAAUGUGGAGAGCUUCAGCGAUUUAUCGUGUGCCACUAUUAUCCUGGAGAAUGUGAUCCUUAAAACCGAGGAAAUUUAUUUAGUAAAUCACAUAAAACUUUAUUUGAAAAAUCACUUCGACAGAGAAGGCAGUGGCAGUGGCAUUGGUAGUGGCAAUGGCAGUGGCAAAGUUGCAGCUAAAGGCACUGGAUCUGAAGCAGCUGGAAUUGAAACAGGAGGAGGAGGAGGAAGAACGGCAGUUGUAGCUGGGAUGACAUCAUUCGAGCUCAGUGGUUACCCUCAUCUUCAAUCGAUGUCCUCGUCCUCAUCAGCAAUGGAUGAUGUUGAUUACGGUGGUCGAUAUGCUUCAAGCUUGCCCAGUACAAGUAAGGCUGCUGCUACUUCAACUUCUGCUUGCUCCAACACCAACAUCAACAUCACAACCACCACCACGACUACCACUAGCACUAGCACCACUUCCAUAACCAUCAAUGAAAUUAACUAUUUUGCAAAAGUUUUAUGCGAGAAGCUUGAUGGAUGCCUGGCAACUUUGGCAAAAUGUCGUACACCGCCGAAUAGAAAAUAUUGCGGGCUUGUGGUGAGAUUCGUUAGGGCACUCUAUGUCAUUACCGAGAAAAAGGACUCUCUCCAGCCGGCUGUACGUCGGUUGCUAUCGGGUGAGUAUAAUUUCUGGGAAAGAUACAAUUUGGCAGGACUUAGCACGGACGAAGGUCUACAAUUGGAAAUGUUGAAACUUUUGGUUGCCAUCAAAUUGCAAUCGGACAGAAGCUCAGUGUUGCAACUGCUUCAAGAGGGCGGCAUUAAGUGGAACGUGCAAAGAACACUCCUAAAGGAAAUUUGUUCGAAAAUGGAAAAGGACCUGCCAACAUUCACAUCAUCAUCAUCGUCAUCCUCAAACACAACUAACUGGAACUACACCGAAGUGCAGGAACUUUUCUCAAGUAGUUUUUUAAAUAUUUUAAUUAACGAUAAUCUGCCUUUCAUUCGAAUCUUGUGCUAUGGCAACGAGCAAUUUUCCUCAUUAUUCCUAAGAGCCCUAAUCGAGAAAUGCAAUGUCCUUAAAAAGAAUACCAUUCGACUGGUGGUUACUGAGUUCAUUGAACAGCAAGAGUACAUCCUGAUGCAGGGAACUGAUGCCACUGCCACAGUGGAACUACUGACAAAACUCUUUGAUUUGGUCUCGCUGAAUGGCUAUGGUAAUAAGUCUCUUGAGAAUUUAAUUGUGCGAGCAAGUCGAAGAAUAAUCGCGCAGCACGAUGAUAAAUUGGCCAUUCGUAAUAGCUUCCUUAUGUCUGGUUGUAAAGAGCUAGGAAAAAUGUUAUUUAAGGAUGAGUUGAAUGCGGAAACCGAUGAUGCAAUUAGUCGGAGAUAUGAACAAAGGAUCAUCGAUGAAAAGUGGCUCUUUACUCAAAUCAUGAAGUCUUCGCCAGCAGCAGACCCCGAACGCCUAUCUCGAAUCCUGCUCGAAAUAACAUCCGAAUACAAACUCGGUAAAAUCUUCGCAUCGCCCGAAUUUGACGUCGAACGAAUCCUUACAUCGGCCAUCGAUACAUCUCUAAAGUCAAUGAUGUUCUCAUUUCGCAAUAGUUGCAUCCAAUUUAAUCCGCACAUACAUUACAUGAAUGUCAAUCCCUUGGCCAAGGUAGCCCUACAAGCUCUAGUUACCCAUAUUGACAAUUUCCACAGCUCCAACAAAACCAAAGGCUUCCAUUGCCAUGGCCAUGGCCAUGGACAGUUUCCCUUGUAUCUAGCUAAAGCUGUCAUCGCUUUGAUGGAAAAUUUGAAGCAAAUUGAAGAGCUGGCAUUAAUUUACAUCGAAUCGAAAUUCAUUGAUAAGUUUGUCAAAGAACAUCUGCUGCGUCCUGAAGUCGUAGCAGCACUCAAAAAGUUCCUUUGGACAUACUGCAAAAGUAUUGAACUAAGCGUAAUGAAUCAGCAAAGAGGAGCACUUGAGAUUUUCACUUUCACCUCGUGCAUCGAUGCCAUUUUGAGGCACAAAUUGAUUUGGCUCGAAUUCAAUUUAUCCAGCGAAGGCCAAAUCAAUGUCGAUGUUGACGACCACCACGACUACGACGACGAUGAUGAAGGGGUGGGUCACAAAUCGGCUGCUGAGACAAAUGCACAACUGUUAAAUCAUGUCCUUAAUAUGCUGUUUGUCGUAGUAACUCAAUCAAUGGGAAACACGAUUUUCUACAAAAAAUACAAAGCCCAGUUGUUGCUUCCUCCUGCUGCUACUUCGACGACAAUGAAACCUUCUCGCACGCAGAGCGUGUCAGUCUUCCAAAAGGCAAUUUUCCUGGCCAAGCUGAUUGAAACCAAACUAGAUGUUGACUACGACGACAGCACGAAAGGAUCCCAAAUCAAAUGUGCCACAGUGCCAAUGCGGAUUCUCAAAUCGAUUGGAAUCUCAAUUUUACGGACAAAUCGAUUUUAUGCAUAUGCUGUGACCCCAUUGGAGAUAUACCAACAGAGUGGGGGUGGCUUGGGUGGGACUGGUGCCGCUGGCGGUUAUGAGAGCCAGAUUAAAAGUUCGAACGGGAAACUACCCUCGAUUCCGGUUGAACACCUCAGUGAUGUUGAUGUUUUGCAAAAAUUUGUAAAGAGGUUAUCAAUUUUUGGCUUCACAACACGACAACAGUUCGAGGAGUACUUUAUGACAUUCCUGCUGCUAAUCAAUAAAGUUUACGAUGAAAAUAUGGUCGACGAGCAGGAGCAAUUUCAAAUUAAAAGCGUUUGUUUAGAAGCAAUUCUAGAACUUUUAAUUACGUACAAAACUUUUCCGAUUGUGGGCAGUAAACUUUCAUAUUUUCAUCAUACAACUCGAUGGGCUCGUAUUAAUUGCGAUAGCAUUAGUUUGAAAAAAUUACACAAAGUCCAGCUACUCGUGUCGGAUUCGAAUGUAUUCUACCAUCCCAAUUUGGAGCGCAGCUUGUCACCAUCAAUGCCCGACACAAGGGACAACAUUAUUGGAACAUCGUCCUUUCAGCCCAAUCAGUAUGAUCUCAAUUUUAUUUGGCAACAAAUGGAAGCCUACAACAGCCCUAACAGUCCGACACGUGCAAAUAGUGGUAGUGGUAGUCGGGAGGAUAGGUUAUUAUCAUUGGGUGAAUCAGCGACAGCAGCAACGUCAAAAACGUCAGGUGCUGAACCUCUGGCAGAUGGCAAAGAGGAUGUUUUCACUAGGAAUUUCCGUCAUUUCACCGAUAACUCUGGAAUCGAUUUUAGGAGCAGCUCUCAAUUAAUAUUCGAUGUGCUAAUGCAAAUCAAUGAGCACAAUCAUAUUCUGGCUCUGCCGAAUUUGGUGAAAUUCUGCGAAAUAUGUGAUAGCCGUGACCAAAUUAAAUUGAUCAGGAAUAAAGCUUUAAAACUUCAGGAAACAAUACCCAUGGACGAUACAAUAACUCAUCAGUACGUAAUCUACUUAUUGUGUAAGACCCAAGCGAUGCUGAUACCUUCCCCGAAUGAGCUCUCGCAUCUAUGCGCUUUAGCAGCCGCCUACUUAAAGAGCUCUCAUGUGUUCAUUAGGAAUGCCACCCUGUCGGGAUUGUUGUGUCUGCUCGAGUGCUGCUCCAAAACGAACACAACAAUGGGAAAACUAAGCGAAGAGCUAUCGAUGCUUCGGGAAUUGAUUGUUAGCUACAUAAAUCGUCAUGGCAUUAUCGAGGAAAGCCCAUCGAUGCAAUGUCAAAGUGACACUCAUGUGAAACUAAUAUGGACGCUGAAUUUCAGUUUAAUUGAAUGGACAUCGAAAUUUGUUGCUCAAUGUCAUUUAUUAUCGAAUACAAUAAUUUGGGCCAAUAAGAAUUUGAAGAGGGUUACCAACCAUGAUGUUUACCUUUGCGUGAUUCAUGGAUUAGAACGGAUAGUUGUAAUCAAUGCUGCUACAACAGAGAUGCGAACUAAAAUUGAAAAACUCGCUCUCGAUCUGAUGAAGCUUGAAAACGAGAGAUUUUCAAUUCCAGCAUUGAAAUUGCUUUUGUCCUGCAUUUAUAUGGGCUCCUCGAAGCAAUUGGAAAACACCGAGCUGUCCAAUGGCAUUGUUCAGGAUGACCCGGAGAUAAUCGCCCAGCAAACUGACAAAGUCGACAUACUCUUGCAUUGCAUUAAGUCAUCGACAAGGAGCGCCGCCUGGAUCUAUGGCCAAGUCCUGUGUCAAAUUAUCCGAGAUUUGGUGCCGCCAAAUGAGAUCCUCACCAAGGUCAUCAAGGAGUUUUUGGCCAUAAAUCAACCGCAUUGCGAUGUUAUUGCCAGCAUAGUGCAUCAGGUCUUUCGUUCUGCCAUUGAUUCGUCGUUCCUGCAAAUGCUGCAAGAUUGGCUGAUAUGUUCGUUGCCAACUUUCCUGGCGCUGCCGCAACAGAAAGGUGUCUGGGCGCUAACCGUCAUCUUCUUAUCGGCUUCCAUAAAUUUGCAUUUGAUUAAACUAUUCCCAGUUGUUUUGGUUGAAUUCGGGGAAUUGGGUCAACAGGAGAUUGUCCUGUUCCAAACAUCCGCCCAAGACUUCCACUCAAAAUUGAGCGCCGACCAGAAGACACGUUUUCGAGAUGCAUUCAAGCGUUUCCAGCAAAAUGAGAUUUUCGCAAAGAUGCUGAACAGUUUGUCUUCUUUGUAGCAGAGCAGUAGAUAAGGGAUGGGGUAUGACGAGAUGAGAUAUAAAGACGAUAUGAUGACGCCGCUGACUCCUUCCCACUGACGAAGGAUGCUUGUUGGACGUGGAGCUCAGCAAACAUAGCACAGAAGGACCAAAAGGAAGAAGGAUGCGACCGGAAUCGGGAAUUUAUUUAGUUAGCAAAAAAACAAAAAAUUAAUGUUUUUCUUUUCAUUUUCGAUUUAUUUAUUUUUGUUUUUUUCCUCUUUUCUUUUUAUUUUUCUAUUUUGCUCUCAUUUUGUUAGUUAAAUUCAAGGAAAUAAAAUAGAAGGACGAUAAAACCUUGUUCUCUAUAAAAAAGCAUAUUUAUUCGAUGCGUUUUCAUGUGUUAGAAUGUAAUAAAGAGACAAUUUUGAAAUAUAUAAAAAUGUCUACUUUUAAACCUUAUUUGUGGAAUGUUAUGCAGAUAAAUUUUAAUUAUAUAUUCAUAUGAAACAUAACAAUAAUUCUAAUGUACCUAUACCAACCUAUAUAUUAAAAAUAAAAUACUUUAUUCUAAUAAAAAAACACGUAUGUAUU